AUGAAAUCAUUCAAAGAAUUAAGAUUCGCUACUGAAGUAGAAAAAUCAGUUGAAGAUACAUUAGCUGCUAUUAUUAUGAAUUUAAAAUCUCGAACAGCUGAUAUAACACGGCAAAAAGAUGCGAAAAGACAAUUAGCUAAUCUUGAUCGAUUUAUUGAAGAAACUGAAUUAUUUGAUAAAAUUAAUUUAUCAGAAGAACAUAUUAAUUUGAUUCCCCCUAAUAACGCCGAAAAUAAAAAUGUCGAAAGAUAA